CGAUAAGCCGCCCCGUCUUAACCUUCGACCGGUCAACCAACCCACUCCUCCCACCUCCAGGUCACUACGGACAAUGUCAUCGGUAGAGAAAAAGCGGCUACGCGAUCGACGCGCACAGCAGAACCUUCGCAGCAAACGCUCUCAGCAUAUGGCCGUGCUCGAGAAAGAAGUUGCUCAUUGUCGGGAACACCAUGACGAUCAAGGCAUACAGCGCCUCCUGCAAGUAAUUACCGAUCUCCGGAAGCAAAACGAAGUCCUUCGAUCACGUCAGGAACACUUGAAAUGCCUCGUCAAUUCCUGGGAUGCAAGUCCUGCUGAAGUUCCGGCCAAUGCGCAUGAACCUUCCGACCAACGCUUACCAGGAUUAAUCGCAAUCCCCGGAGGGCCCAUGAACAACACUGAUCCUAGUUCGAAUCGGAUCCAAUCGAGCAGAACUAAUACCCCACGCGAUGAUUCAAGUCCAUCCUCACUUCUGAUCAGUAACUCAAGCUAUGGGCAAACCUCUUUCACACAGACACUCCCCAGAGAGCCCCCAGAGGUGGACACCAGUCUCGCCUGGGAACAACUCCCUCGGCACGACGACGACUUCUUGAACCCGCAAACCAUUUCCUGUCCUUGGUUUGAAUGCCCGGAGCGAAUAGCCCUAUGUCCCGAAUCCCCUUCCUCUCCACUAGACCUACUGUACGGCACAAAGACAAACUAUCUCGCGGACAUGAUUUACAAAGCCACACAGAGACGCCCGAUCCGUGACCCCGAACGCCUAGCCGUCGGGUGGCUAUGCUAUCAUCUGACACGAUGGAUCGUAUCGCCCAGUCCGGCCACCUACGCAAACAUCCCACCCUUUCUGCGCCCCGUCCCCGACCAGCUCCAGAUUACACAUCCCAUGGUGCUCGACAAUAUACCCUGGCCGCAAAUCCGAAUGAAUUUGGUUCGACACUGGGAUCUGUUCCGCGAUAUGCGCGACGACCUUUUUGGAUUGUUCUCGUGUUGUGUCAAGGUUCGGUGGCCCUGGGGUGAGAGCAUCCUCGAGCGAAACUCGAACAACGAGCUGUGUAUAAAGGAGAAAUUUUUCGAAACAUUUAUGAGUGAGGCGGGAUGGGGCCUUACGCCUGAGUUUAUGCAAAGAUAUCCUCAACUUCUUGCAGGAGUUGAUCUCGGGGCUAUCACUUAUGAACUCGUGGACAAAGAAUUCUAUCAGGGUGAAAAAUGAUUUGGUUCUCUAAUUACUUUUGAAAGAAAACUGGUCGCAAGUAUAUACAGGCCUAUGCUUAUUAUGUAUCC